UUAAAUGGCAGGAAGCAAAUAGCCAUCAUCGCAACAAGUGUUUGUAUCUAUAUUUUGACAGAAAACUCAAAGAGGAAAAAUCAAUAAAUGUGUUAUUCGUAGGUAUAAAGGAUAUAAGGGUAAAUAGAACAUGGCUGACAGUAGACAUAAACAAAACACACCUUAGACGUUCCUUCAUUCUGUUCUGUAAAAAAAGAGGUUCCUAAUUUACGAAAAAAGUCCGUUGAACGGGUGCGUUAGAUUUGACUAUAAAUUAAAAGUGAAAAAUGGUCGGCAGUGAUCUUUCUCUACCGGUCUUUAUACCACCACGGAAGAGACAAACCACAAAAAAGCCGAACGGGACACAAAACUAUGUGGACCACAUAGUAUCGAGUCACAUAACGAAACAGUCUCCAACAUUACCCAGUCCCGAUGACUGUGUCAUAAAUGCAUCGUUGAUUUUAAAUAAAUCAAACAGUGAAAAGCGGCUGUCUGGCGAUAAUCGGCUAUCCUUAAGUCGAGAAUUGAACUCGAUCAAAUCGCUUAACGUCAACGACGAAUCGCACUGCAACGAGAUGCAGAGUUUCGACACGAUGUCUCAACCAUCGAAAGAUUGCAGUGCAAAUAUCACACCAAGAAGCUACUCCGAAGAAAGUAGCCUAGAUGCUAAGUCUUGCCGCUCACACGAUUGCUUAACGACACGUUCGACCAAGAAACGAGUCAACAUAAAAACCGAUUUUUUACUCCAACGAAAUCAGCGCCAAUCGCCGAAUUCCACCAAUUAUGAGGAUCUCGAAUCGGGCGAAACGAGCAUAUUGAAUGCCGAAUUGGAUAAGAACAGUCUCGAUAGAUUCAAUACUGUGCGCACUGAUAGUUACUUGACCAUGACUGGAACGGUUAAACGAGGUCGCAAAAAGGGUCAGUCAAUGGAUUUGCAGUUAAAUGUUUCCCGAGACGAACUUGAGAAGAUCAAUGCUGCCGUUGUGGCAGUUGAGCAAAGUCAACAAGAAAGUCGUGACUGUUGUGCGUGUUCGUUGACGAUCGGAAUACACAUUCUGGUUCUAUCCAUAGUCUGUUUGCCGUUCGUCACCGCAUACACGGCGUUUUAUUCAUUCUACAUUGGAACACUGACUUGGUAUAAUAUUUUCAACUACUUCAACGAGGAGAAAUCGUAUUUGCACAAACUUCUUAUGUCGCCGCUACUCAUACUCACAUAUCCGGUCAUCAUUUGCUUGUGCACCAUUGGCUUGGCUGUCUAUGGAGGUUGUGUUCAGCUGAGUAUGUCAUUGAGCCGAUGGUCUAACGAAGUAACGGACAUUGAAAAGGGUUUCUACGGUUGGCUGUGUUCGUUUUUGCAUUUAUCCGACUGUAGUCCGUAUGAAGUGGUUAUUCUGACUGAUUUACGGCUACCCGAAACUGUGAACCAUGGAAAUUCAUCAACGGAAGAACUUUCACUGUAAAAAUUAUAUUUUUAAGCCCAGCCGCUUCAACGUAAAACGAAGGUCCAAAAUAUUUUUACUUUUCAUGCAAAGGGACCAAGUUACGAGAAAAACUCUGUCCCGUUGCAUGAUUAUCUAUUAUUUAAAUUAAAUCAUAUCAAACAACGCAUACGAGACUGUGGUAGAUUAAGAUCUUCAGGUGAUUGGGUAACAAAGGGACACAGAUUUAAAUAAGUAAUAAAACAUUGGAAUGUUGUAAUAAUGUCGCCAUUGGAAAGACCUUCGAAAUGGCACAUACGUAUUCUCUAGAAUUGAAAGACGAAUAAAACGAGCUAUCACUUAUUUCAAUCGGUGACCCUUUGUUCCCCGAUCACCCAAAGAUUUCAAAUUGUCACUCGUAACAUCGGGAAACGUAAAACUAUUUUCUAAAGCAUUAGCGAUUAACUAGCCAAAUCUGUGACGUGUAGCUUUUCAUAUCAAUAAAAUCAAAUUAAGAGAAUUAAUAUUGAUUCCUGAUGGAUAACACUGCGA